AUGCAGCCAUCGCGCCUUGACGAAAAGGGCUUGACGGUUGAUCUGCCCACCCCGAGUUCCUCCACGUCCGAAUCACGGCACACACAGUCCCUCGGUUGCUCCGACGACGUGGAAGCCGGCUUGCCCUCGGUCGCAGCAGCUCAAGGCAUGUCAUUUGGGCAAGGCAGGCCGCUUCCGCCGCCGCUCCCAGCCCGCGAGGACUAUGUCGUCGACUUUGACGGCCCCGACGACCCGUCCUUUGCCCAGAACUGGCCGUUGAGAACCAGGCUCUACAUCAGUGCCAUGCUUGCAUUCACCUGCAUCAGCUCGACCUUCGAUUCCGCCGUCUUCAGCCCAUCCACGGGCCAGGUGGCCAGACACUUUGGUGUCAGUGUCGAAGUGGCAUCCCUGGCCAGCUCCCUCUACAUCGCCGGCUACGCGUUCGGCCCCUUGGUAUGGGCGCCUCUCUCCGAGCGCCACGGCCGUCGUCUUCCAAUCGUCCUCGCCAUGCUGGGCUUCGGCAUCUUCAAUACCGCCGUCGCCGUGUCCAAAGACCUCCAAACCUUGAUGAUCUGUCGCUUUUUCUGCGGCGUGUUCGGCAGCAGUCCGCUCAUCAACGUUGCUGCCAUCUUCGCCGACAUGUACGACAACCGGACGCGCGGCAUCGCCAUCGCCCUGUUCUCCAACACCGUCUUCCUGGGCCCGCUGAUUGCAUCCAGUGUCGGCGGGUUCAUCGACAAGUCGUAUCUCGGCUGGCGCUGGACCGCCUACACCCCCUCGUUCAUGGGCUAUGCAACCUGCGUGCUCAACCUGCUGUUCCUCAAGGAGACCUACGCGCCCGUGAUUCUGGUCUCAAAGGCCAUGGAGCUGCGCCGCACCACCGGCAACUGGGGCAUCCACGCCAGGCAGGAGCAGAUCGAACUCAACCUGCACGAUCUGGUCGUCAACAACAUGGGCCGCCCCCUCCAAAUGCUCUUCAAAGAGCCCCUGAUCCUGGCAGUCACAGUGUACCUCAGCUUUGUGUACGGCCUGCUCUACUGCUUUCUCUCCGCCUACACCAGCAUCUUCCACGGCGUGUACACCAUGUCCCCUGGCGUCAGCGGGCUUCCAAUGCUCGGUAUCGUCGUGGGCCUCCUCGCCGCAACAGUCUACAUGCUCCACGCAAACAAGACCUACAACGCAAAGCUCAAGGCCAACAGCAACAUCCCCAUCCCCGAAUGGCGCCUCCCGCCCGCCAUCGUCGGCGGCGUCCUCUUCUCCGCCGGCCUGUUCUGGCUCGGCUGGACCGGCUUCACGCCCUCCAUCCACUGGAUCGCCCCGACCCUGAGCGGCCUGUUCACGGGUGCCGGCUUGCUCAUGAUCUUCAUCCAGCUGUUCAACUACCUGAUUGAUACAUACCUUGCCUUCGCCGCGUCCGCGUUAGCAGCAAACACAUUCGCCCGCUCGCUGGUCGCAGCGGGCUUUCCGCUCUUCUCGCGCCAGAUGUUUGCGGGUAUGGGAAUCUAA